UGUGGUUGUUUGUGUUGAUUGAAACACGGUAAGCAGUGGUUACUUCUGACCUGACCGCGAUCAUGCUCAGAACAGCCAGCGCAGUUUGCGCCGGGAAGGCGUUUCCGCCGCCCGCUGCCGCAGCUUGCGGUUCGCAUUCACGAUCACGAUCACGCGUUCCUGAUCGCGCCGCAUUGACGGGUCUGUGCGUAUCGAGGUCGCAUCGUUCCGCUAUCCGCGCUGCGUCUUCCACUCCCCAUCCCCUGCCUCCCUCGUUUUCCGCCGUUUCUUCCGCUCCGAGCCGUCACUCCCGCCGCGGAGUAGCUCAGUGCUCCUCGCGAGCCGGCGAUCCAGCCAUGGAUCGCCACGUGUACGCUCUGGAUUUCGACGGCGUGCUGUGCGACAGCUGCGGGGAGAGCUCGUUGUCGGCCGUGAAGGCUGCCAAGGUGCGGUGGCCGUCACUCUUUGCUGACGUGCCUGCCGACGUGGAGGAGACGAUCCUGAAGCAGAUGAGAGAGGUGCGGCCAGUGGUGGAGACGGGGUAUGAGAACAUUCUGCUGGUGCGGCUGCUGCUGGAAAUGGCGUGUGAAGACAAGCGGCAGUCCCAGCUGUCCAAGUCUGGCAGACUAACCCUGGGAACCAUUUUGAGUGGGUGGGAGAAGGAUGUGAAGCCAGCAGUGAUGGCAGACUGGGGCGAGGAGGGAAACAGAGAGCAGCUGGUGGAGCUGUUUGGAGCGGUGAGAGACGAGUGGAUCCGAGACGACCUGCCCUCGUGGAUUGCUGCCAAUGCCCUGUACGAGGGAGUGCCAGCAGCUCUGCAAAAGGCAGCGUCGCCGCUGUACAUAGUCACAACGAAACAGACCCGCUUUGCCCUCGUGCUGCUGCGCGAAUUAGCGGGCGUUGAUUUUCCUGAAGACAAAGUUUUCGGGCUUGGUACCGGGCCAAAAGUGCAGACGCUGCAGCAUCUCCAGUCACUCCCUCAACACCAAGGCUGCUCCUUCCACUUUGUGGAGGACCGACUGGCCACUCUGCGCAAUGUCAUCAACACACCACAGCUGGACGCAUGGCAUCUCUACCUAGGCACAUGGGGCUACAACACAGAGAUGGAGAGGCAAGAGGCCACUCAGAUUCCCCGUAUCCAGAUUUUGGAAUUGCCUGACUUUUGCAGCAGUCUCAAAUGAAGGGUCGGUUGAUUGAUAAUGAGAAGAACACUUGGAACAUCCUGCCUGCAUGGCGUAUCAGGUCUGAUUAUUUGUCACAUGCUCCUGUCACACAUCAGAGACUUC